AUGUCUUCACAAAUUGAUAAAAUCACUCGUCAAGUUUUACAAAUACACGUGGAACCAAUAGAAAUUGAAUUGAAUGAUGUUGAUGAAGAAGUUUUAUUACCAACAUUACGUACAGCAUUUCCUCAUUGUUGUGGUUUAUAUUAUUAUGAUUUUAAAACAAAUAAAAAAAAUAUUGUUAAAUUUGAUGGAAAAAAAUUUUUACCGCCUAAAGGUGAUUGGCUAACACAAAAAAUUUAUGCUAAUUUAUCUGGAGGAAGAGUAUAUAAUGAAAUUAAUAGUAACUAUGAAAAUGCCACAAAAACAUUUGAAAGAUCAGUUUAUGCUGUACAAAAAAUGUUUGAAUCAUUAAAUGGAAAUUUAAAAAAAAGAGAUAUAAAUAUUGAUAGUAAAGUUAAACAAAAUGAAAAAGGAAAAAUAAAUUGUGAGAGAAGUACAAUAAAUUCAUUGGAUAAUAUUGAACCAUUAUUAAAAAAACUUUCAAAAAAAAUGAUAAAAAAAUCAUCCAAAGAAAGUGGAGAUGAUAAAUCAAAAAACAAUGAUGAAAUUAAAAAUAAUUGUGAAAAUAAUUGUGAUAAAUGUGAUUUAUCAUAUUCUCAAAUGGAACAACAGUUUUUGGAUUUAGCAAAAAUUUCAACGGGAAAAGAUUCUAUUAUAGAAUCACAAAGGAAAGAAUUAGCUGAGGCAAAUAAAAUUGGUCCAAUAUUAGAAAAAGAAAUUGUUGAACUUAAAAAUAAAUUAAAGAAAGUUGAGGAUAAAUGUAAAAGUUAUAAAGAUGAACUUGAUAUUUCUAAAGAAUUAGCAAAUGAACAGAAAGAUUAUGAAGAAAAAUUAAAAAAUUUGCAAAAUAAAAUGGAAAAUUCUGAAAAAGAAAUAAAAGUAUUAAAAAAAAAUCUUCAAAAAGAGAUAGGAGAAAAAGAAAUGUUUAAGAAAGAACUUGAUCGUACAUCUAAAAAAUUUAGUGAACUUGAACAUUUGAUAAACAAUUUAAAUGGUGAAAGAUUAUGUCUUAAAGAAGAAUUAAAUGAAACAUGUAAUCAAUUAACAAUGAAAUGUAAAGAAUUAAAUGCAUUAAAUGAAGAAUUAACAGUUGAUAAUUUAUCUUUAUUAGAAAGGGAAUAUAAUGCAAUUGCAAAACUUGAGAAUAUAACAUCAAAACAUAAUCAUGAAUGUGAUGAUUACAAUAAAAUUAUUCAAAAUAACAACGAUCAGAUUGAUGAGCUUCAAAAAUCAAUCAAUUCUAUGGAAGCAACAUUAACUCAAUUAAUACAAGUUAAUGAUGAUUUAAGUCGCAGAUGUAUGCUUUCGGAGUAUGAAAGAAAAAAGGACAAUCAAAAAUACUCAAAACUUAAAAAUCAAUUUGAGAAAAAAGAAAAUAAAACAAAAAAAUAUCUUAUAUGA